CCCCAACCACCACUUCUAUCAUUACAUCAAGGAGUCCUGGCUGAGACCCAUGGCACCAGCGCGUUCCACCAGACGCAAUCAGCAUGAACAAAGUAUAUCCUUACGCUCGGGCCAGGAUGCAUCGCCCACUGCAGAUGGCCCCGGUGGCGACCUAUUUCUCGAGCCCAUGAUGGGAACUCCCCUCAAUGUGUACAUCGAGAAGGAAGUGGAAGAUAGAGACGCGCUCGUCGAACUCGUAACGAAACACGGCGGCACAUCAUCACCAGGGUACAGUGGGACGCCGUACAUUCUUGUCGAUCCGCAUAAGGAAUCAGGCCAGAACUUGUACCGUCAGUAUGCUGGUAAAAAGGGUAAAAUCGUUCUCCAUUACCGCUGGAUUCAUGAGUGCGUUCGUGCUGGAGCUCUUCAAACGUUCCAGAACAACUGGGCCGGUUGCAAGGUCACUGGAACGGAGAAAGUCACGCCACCUACCAUCGUCCCGUCCCAGACUGAUCAGACGCGCCCCUCCACAUCUCAGCCGGCUCCAAUACAAUCCAUGGCUCCCCAUCCGCAAGCAAUACCUCCCAUGCCCCCUGGCGAUCCCAUGGUUCAUCCGCCUCAAACGUCCUACGGUUAUCCUGUGUACGGCCAUCCAAUGCACGCUCCGCCUCGCGGUAUGCAGCCGCCAACAGCCGCCCCGCCCCAAUCAUGGCAAGCGCCGAAUGCCAUUGCACCACAGCAAACGCAUAUAACCCCACCUCAGACUACUGCGAUGCUUGCCCGACAAACGCAUUCAUAUCGGGAUGAGCCUUGGGUGACGCCCUUCAAUCAGCCCCCGCCCCAUAUGGUAGCUGGGCCGAGUGCGGCAGGUUACGAUUAUAGAUACGGCGAUGACCGUCCUGAAUGGGCACCUCCGGCCAACGACUAUCCUUACGACCCUGCUUCGUAUGAGCAUCCUUAUGAUCAGACUGCACCUUACAUGGCAGAAACCGGACCGCCGACCGCUGGUCCGUCUUCUGUUCCCGCUGAUACUCUUGCUGAGAAGCCUCGUGGUCGUAAACGCACUCGUAAUACUGCGCCCCCCGCCGCCUCACCUUCCGCUCUUGUACUAAAUCGCCGAAAUCCCCCGGCACAUUCACCGACCCCUCCAACGCGCGUGAUUAAGAGCACGUACGGAGGAAACUUGUUUACCUCUGAUGAUGUUUUAUACCUCAAGCGAUACAUCGAUUACUGUCAAGAACAAGGUCUUGUGCUGAGUUUGAGAGAAAUCUGUGAGAGGAUUGCAGUCAAAGCGCCCCAUCAUACAUUUUACUCUUGGCGCCGAUAUUGCAAUAAACACCAAAUCCGGUUGGGUGGCUACUCAAUGGACACAGGCGACAACAACACGCCCCGCCCUGAAGGCGAAGCUGAGCCUGAAGAGGAAGAGCAAUUACCGCCACUCGGAACUACGGGUCCUGGCAUCAUUGCGGCUGCACAGGCUCGGCUACAGCAAGAUGCUGGCCGUCCACGCAAUCGAUCUCCGACUCCACCUCGCGCUCUUUUCAGGAGUACGACAGGAAAGGGGGUAGCUUUCACGGACGAGGACGUUGCGUUCCUGGUGCGUUUCAUGGAGUACCGGAAGUCCCAAGAACGAUUUGAUAUGGUUGCGUUUUGGAAGGAUGUUGCUACCAAGGCUCCGCAUCACUCGCGCGCAUCAUGGAUGAAAUUCUGGCGGCGUCACAAGCAUGAACUCAACCGCACGGAAGAGGAUGAACCUCUCCCUCAACCACCGGAGAAGAAAAUGCGUUACAGCCGUGGGGAUGACAUCCUUCUUGCAAAGUACUUUUUCACAAAGCCGGAAGGGACGUCUGACAAAAUCUUCCAGGCGUUUGGUCGUAUACAUCCUCAUCAUCCUUGGAAGGGAUGGCAGGAACACCAUCGUAUACACAAAGCCAAGAUUGAUCACUUUAUUCAGCAGUUGGGAAAUGGCGAGAACAUCGACAUUGAUGACAAUGGGGAGGAACCUUGAGAGUCUUGCGUCUACUAUAAAUGUAUCUUAAUUCGAGGGUGUUUAUGGGGUAAAUAGGGAACUUACAUUGGGGCAAGCAAGGUGAUGUGACAAGUCGAUAUAUGUGUUUGACAGUGUGCAUGUCAAGGUCAAGUUACGUGAGCCUGAGUCCUGACAUAUUAUUCCAAGAUUUGCUUAAACGUUUAUCCCAACAGAGGGAAGACAGUCGUCC